AUGGACCUGUUCCCGCCGGUGCCGGCCGCGUCGUCGGCAUCGGGUCUGCCGGCUGCCAUCUCGUCCCGCCCGGACCACCCGCUGAAGCCAGUAGGCAUCUCCGAUGCCGUCCGCCGAUCCACGGGCCCUCUGCAGAGCAACAAAUUUUAUACCAACUUCAUGCUGCACAAUCAGGACCUUCCCACGUACCUGCUGCCCUACUCCGUGUCCUGGACCAAUGGCCGCGGCCCCACGAACUGCUGGGGACUGACUGUGUCGUAUGCCACGCCCGACCAGCGCGUCUUCGGCCCGACCACGGGUCCCUGCGGCCACCAGGGCCCGCCCGCCUCGUACUUUUACAGCCCGCCCAUACAGCCCAGCUUGGUAUUGGAUGCGGCCGAGCUGAACCACCAGACAGCGCUGACGCUCGACGACGCGACAGACAUGUUUGUGCUCGUGAGUCUACGGCCGGGCGGUCCGGCAGCGCCACCGGCGGUCCAGUUUCCCCUGGUGCAGGGCCAAGGCUUUAUAACGGCUCUGUACCACGGCGCUCGGCCCAUUCUGCGGACGGGCAUGGCCAUUCUGUCCGUAUGGGACCCGUACAACGGCCAGGGCCGCGACGGCGGGCCUCUCAAGCCGGGGAUGCAGCGUUGGGUCCUGAAAAUGAACGACGGCUCGACGUGGCUGGUGUAUGCGCGGGCGCGGCCGGGGGCGCCACCGCUGGCGUUCCGGCAGACGGCGGAUGGUGCGUUGGAGGGCAAGGGCGGAUUCUACGGGUCGGUGCACGUGGCACGCGUCCUCCACCCGGAACAAGGCUGGGCAGCCUACGACCAAGCUGCGGGUGUGUUUGCUGUGGGCGUGCAUCUGUCGGGCCAUACCGAGAAUGGCGGUGCCGUUGGCCAGUACAGCUUUGCGUUUCGCAAGGUCGACGUGACGGGCGACGGGGCAUUUUUGGCCCACUCGCCGCUGCUCAUGUUCGCGCUGCCGCACCACCUGGCGUCCUUUGACGAGCGCACACGAGCCGCCGUCCAGCCGCACAUCGCCAUGGAGACGCCGGUGAAGGGAACGGCACGGGCGGUGCUGGCAGAUGCGUGGACCAUGGUCGAGCCCUCUCUCCCGGCGAACAUGGGAUUUCUGCCGUGGGACGGGCACACUAAACAAGCCGGCCGCAGCACGUUGUCCGACGCAGCGCGCCGUACGAUUGCGCAGGUGGCUCGCCAGGAGCUCGGCCAGGACAUGGACGCCCAGAGCAACCUCGAGUCGGCCUACUUUGCGGGCAAAGCGCUGGCCAAGUUUGCAUUGAUUGUGCUGUGCGCCCACAGGCUGCUAGGCGACGAGGUCAAAGAUGCAGCCGCCGACGGCUUGGCCCGCCUCAAGGCCGCCUUUGCCCGGUUUGCCGACAACCGCCAGAAGCACCCGCUCGUCUACGAGGCCACGUGGGGCGGCGUCGUGUCCACCGCCGCCUACACGACGGGCGACGCCAUGGCCGACUUUGGCAACUCGUACUACAACGACCACCACUUCCACUAUGGCUACUUUGUCUUUGCGGGGGCGGUGCUGGCCCAUCUCGACCCGUCGUGGCUGCAGAACCGGGCCAACGCCGAGUACGUCGACCUGCUCGUGCGCGACUACGCCAACCCGAGCCGCCAGGACGCGCAGUUCCCCGUCUUCCGCAGCUUCGACUGGUACCACGGCCACAGCUGGGCCAGCGGCGUCUUCCCGUCCAUGGACGGCAAGAACCAAGAGUCCAGCUCCGAGGACGCCAUGGCCGUGUAUGCCAUCAAGAUGUGGGGCCACGUCAAGGGCGACGCGGCCAUGGAGCAGCGCGGCAACCUGAUGCUGUCGGUGCUGGCCCGGUCGCUCCAGACAUAUUACUACUACGCCGCCGCCUCCUCGUCCGAGAUGCCUGCCCCCUUCGUCGGCAACCAGGUCGGCGGCAUCGUGUUUGAAAACAAAAUCGACCACACCACGUUCUUUGGCGGCGACCCAGAGCUCAUCCAUGGUAUCCAUAUGCUGCCCCUGCUGCCGUGCUCGCCGUUUUGUCGGCCACCCGCCUACGUCCUGCAGGAGUGGAACGACACCUUCUCCAACGGCCGCGCCGACAAGGCCCAGGGUGGCUGGCGCGGCGUCCUGUACGCCAACCUGGGCACGGCUGACCCGCACGCCGCUUUUGACUACUUCAGCAAGCCAGGCUUCGCCGACGACAUGCUGGACCAGGGCGCGAGCCGAACGUGGUAUCUGUGCUAUGCAGCAGGUGAGUACACGUGGACGACGGACCCGUUUUAUCCCAUUCUUUCGAUGUCGUGCGACAGCUAA